AUGGCCAAAUUCAAGAAGGGAAAGGGAGCAAAAGGCGCCCGCAAGCCCAAGGAUGACAGAACCGAUCUCAUUGAGAAAAUUGACAUGUCCAACGAGCGCCUUUUCGCGUACUACAAAGCCCAGAACAUCGUGCCGGAGGAAGAAUGGGAUGUUUUUGUAGAUGCUUUGCGUCAGCAUUUGCCAACAACCUUCCGUGUCGCUGGGAGUCGCCAGGUCGCCAACUCACUAAACUCAAUAAUAAAAGAUACCCACGUACCAUCGCUGAGCAAUGUGACUUUUGAAGGCCAGCGUAUACCACCGCCGGUGCAGAUUCCCUGGUAUCCAGACGGUCUUGCAUGGCAUUUCAAUGUACCCAAAAAAGUCCUGCGAAGGUCCCCUGAGUUCAAGAAAUUUCACUCAUUUCUCGUCUUUGAAACCGAAGUUGGCAAUAUUUCGCGGCAGGAAGCAGUCAGUAUGCUGCCUCCGUUGUUGCUUGAAGUAGAGCCACACCAUCUGGCCAUGGAUAUGUGUGCAGCUCCGGGAUCCAAGACCGCACAAAUUCUCGAAGCCCUCCACGCUCAAGAUACCGCGACAUCAACAUCAAUACCCUCCGGACUCCUCCUUGCAAAUGACAGCGACAACAAGCGCACACAUCUCCUCAUCCACCAGUCUGCUCGUCUCCCAAGUCCAGCCCUUAUGGUAACCAAUCUCGACGCAUCGAACUAUCCAUCUAUCAAAAUCAAGACUCCUACACGCGCGGGUGGGUCGAGGACAGUACCUUUGCUGUUCGAUAGGAUUCUGUGCGACGUGCCGUGCAGCGGAGAUGGAACGAUACGGAAGAAUAUGGGUAUUUGGAAGUCGUGGCAGCCGAUGGAUGGUAAUGGUCUGCAUGGACUUCAGGUUCGCAUUCUACUACGUGCCAUGAACCUCCUCAAAGACAACGGUAGAAUCGUCUAUUCUACUUGUUCUCUGAACCCAGUGGAAAACGAGGCUGUAAUCGCCGAGGCACUCGCCGCGAAUCCAGCUUUCGAACUUGUGGAUGUUUCUUCCAAACUUCCGGAAUUGAAACGUAGACCUGGCUUGUCGACAUGGCAUCCAUCAGCUGAUCGAGUCAGUGCUACGACGUACGCAACAUACGAAGAGUUCAUGAACUCCUCAACGGACAGUACAAUCAAAGCGAAGAUGACCCCAGGUCACUGGCCACCCCCAAAUGCAGAGAGUCUGCACUUAGACCGAACGAUGAGGAUAUAUCCUCACCUACAGGAUACAGGGGGAUUCUACGUUGCUGUUCUUCAAAAAACACAAAAAGCUACCGGUCAAUCAGAACGAAAACGUGAGGCUGACGACGCGGAGGAGGAGCCUGAAUCCAAGAGAUUGAAAACAGAUGAGGACCCUCAGAUAGAAGAUGAGGCUUUACCUGCUCCCAUGGAUGUUCCUCAGGACGAGGUCAAGGAAGACGAGGUCGAAGAACCAUCUGUUGCAGAGGAAGUUGACAUGCUCCCAGAGUCCAUCGAGUCGGAGACUACCACACCUGCACCCGAAGUUCAGACUGAAGUCAAUCCAGAGAUCAACCAGAAUAGAAGGAAGAAAAAAUCACAAGACGGUGGUGGGUUCAAGGAGAACCCCUACACGUUCUUGAAGCCCGACGACCCUAUCCUCCUCAACUGCAUCGAACGUCUUCACAUCAACUCCGACUUCCCCUCCUCGAAUGUCCUCGUGCGAAACCCCGAAGGAGACGCCGCGCGCUCGCUAUACCUCGCCAACGACAUUGUAAAGAACGUUAUUGUGAACAACAACUAUGAGCGCAUACGCCUUACCGCCGCUGGUACCAAGGUAUUUGCCAAGCAGGAAGCAGGCAAAGGCGGCGAGGCGCAGUUCCGGGUGUUGGGAGAGGGUCUACCUGUAAUCUUGCCCUACGUUGAUCCUGCCACGAUCAUCAAGGGUGAUAUGGUGUCCUUGAAGACGCUGGUGGAGUCGUAUUACCCCUUAUGCUCUAACUUUGUGGAUGAGUUUAGAGAGGCUGUUGAGGCUCGACCCACAGGAAGUCAUAUUGUUCGAUUCCCUCUUGGCCAGCAUGAUGGGACAAACUUGACCCAUGAUUUGAUGCUUCCUAUAUGGAAGUCCAAUGUUUCUCUCACUUUGAUGAUUGACAAAAAAGCCAAAAGUGCCCUCAGCCUUCGUCUUUUUGGCGCUGACAUUACUACCGCAGGAAAAGAGGGGCGCACGAAUGUCACUCAAAAGGCCGGACCUGAUGAAAGUGUUGCCACUGCAGAAGAAAGCGAAGAGCUGUAA